GCCAAAGACAACCUCUUCAAGUAGCUUUCUUGCUUUAAGACCAUCUGCUCAAAAGUGGUUGAUUUCCUCUCUUUCAACACUUCCCACCUCUCACCUUUUCUCUCUCUCUCAUCUUUCUUUUCUGCUAUGGAUACUGCUCAGUGGCCACAGGGUAUUGGAGUUGCGAAACCUGCAAUCGACAACUCAAACUCAAACUCAAGCUCAAAACCUAGCAAUGGCGGUGCAGCAGCAGCAGCGGCAGAGAAGAAGCCACGGCCAGAAAAGGAGCAAGCUCUCAACUGCCCGAGAUGCAAUUCCACCAACACGAAAUUCUGUUAUUACAACAACUACAGCCUCUCGCAACCUCGUUACUUCUGCAAGACUUGUCGGAGGUACUGGACCGAAGGCGGCUCCUUGAGAAACGUGCCCGUCGGCGGCGGCUCUCGCAAGAACAAGCGCUCCUCCCCGGCGCCGCCCCCCCUCUCGGCCAAGAAGCCCCUCCCCGAUCCCAAUUUCUCCCCUCAAAACCCAAAGAUCCAGGAAGGCCACGACCUCAAUUUGGCCUAUAAUCCCUCCCAUUACAAUGCCAUGUCCGAAUUCGUGGCGCUGCAUCAAACCCUAGGAAACCCUAAUUCCGAGCGCCACCACCACCAUAACAUGCCGCUGAUGGAGCUUCUCAAAACGGGGGGAGGGUUGAGCUCGUUCAUGUCGGCUCCGAUCUCCGACGCGGGGUUCCCGUCGUCGUCGGCCGGAUUUCCGGCGCAGGAUUUCAAGCCGAGUUUGGGGUUUUCAGUGGAUGGGAUGGAUCAGGCGUUUGGAAAUAUGCAGGAUCAGACGAAUCAGCCCUCCAGAAUUCUCUUCCCUUUCGAGGAAUUGAAGCCGGUUUCGAAUCACGAUCAGUUUGAGCAGGAGAGAGUGCAAGGUGAGACUAAUGUUUACUGGAAUGGUAUGCUUGCUGGUGGUUCUUGGUGAUCAUCAUCAUCAUCAAUCAACAACUAUGGCUAAACUUGCAAGUUUUAGUCAUUCAUUCCUUUUUCUUUUUUCUUUUUUUAAUUUAUAAUAUCCAGUUUAUUACGAUGGUGAGUGUGACUUUGUCUGAAAAUUUUAUUUCAAACUAUGAUAUGAAUGAUGAGAAGCUAACAGCA